GAUUGUGCAAGGGGAGCUGCAGCACUUCCCUAAGCACUGAUGGAUUCUGCCACUUGUGCACUUUUCUUGGGAGUAGAAGGAAGUGAGCCCAGCCUGUCAGAUAUAAGCCCCGGCAGAACCCUCGUCAGACUGGUAAGUGAUGGACACCGUGAUGCUGCUUCUGCCCGUGUGGCCUGUGCUCAUGGCCGCAGGGACGCUCGCAGACAGGGGAGGGUGCAGAAUUGUCUGUGACCCCUCCUGCACCGAAGGCCAGCCUCUGAAGAAUGGUCUGGUGAUCCCACUUACCGGCCCAGCGGCCAGCCCAGAUGUUAAAGUUGGACCACCCGGAAAGGCUGGUCCUGCUGGCCCACCAGGGCCCCGUGGAGAGAAAGGGGAGCCUGGCUUGCCAGGUGAGCAGGAGAAGCCAUCUCAGCGCCGGGUCGCAUUUUACGCUGCCCUGAAUGAACACUUCUCAGGUUCUACGGUUCUUAAAUUUCAAGAUGUGAUCACAAACUGGGGCGAGAGCUAUGACCCAAACACUGGCAAGUUCAUCUGCAAGGCAGCUGGCACCUACUUUUUCACAUACCAUGUGCUGAAGAACAAUGCGGAGCAGAGCACCUGGGGGGACCUGAUGUUGAAUGGAAAGGUAUAUGCCAGUGGCAUUGCACAGGAUGGGAAUGCCAAGUUUGACACCGUGGCUAACAGUGCCAUCUUGCACUUGGCUGCAGGGGAUGAAGUCUACGUCCAGCUCGAUGGAGGAUCAGUGUUCAAGGACAGUAUCAAUCGGUACAGCACCUUCUCCGGCUUUCUGCUGUUUGUCGACUAGAAGGAAAGGCUGCUUGAAGGAGCACAAGAUGGCCAUGAACAAAAUCUGUAGCAGACUCCGACUACAUCUGUCUGUGUAAAUACCGGUUAGAAAAUCAAAGUGUCCACCCGUGUCUGUGUGUUAAAGGUUUGCAAUCUGGUUAGAGACAGCAGCAGGAACCUCCAGCUGGGCAAAAGGGAGGGCAGAGGGUUUAAUUGUACAGUCCAUUGAUACUGCGAGCCUGUGAUGGAGCCUCCUAUCUAAUUGCCCCUCAUUAUACCUGAAACUGGCUGUGCUACCCAUCUACGACGGGUCAAAACCUAAGUAAUCAACUAGGACCUCAGUGGUUAUGUUUGCAGUGCACCAUCUGUAGGAAUGUAUUUAUUUAUUGCAUGUAGUAAUACAAAGCAAGGCAUGUGUCA